AAAAAAAAAAAAAAAAAAAAAAAAAAAAAAAAAAGAAACAAUAUGGUGCAUGAGUCAAGGUCGAUGCCUGUAUCUAUUUGAUUAACUUCUAAUCAAGCAGAGAGAUUUGACCAACGGAGGAAGAAAUGAGGAUUUUUUCUUUUACAAUUUUGAGUGCCAUUCUGUUCACUUUCUUCUCUCCGCUGUCCAUAGCGAUUGACACCAUUUCUGUAACUCAGUCCAUCAAUGAGAACAGCACCUUAGUUUCCGAAUAUGGAAGAUUUGAGCUGGGUUUCUUUAGUCCCGGUAGUUCCACAUACCGGUAUGUGGGAAUUUGGUACAAAGAUAUCCCAGUUAAAACAGUUGUUUGGGUGGCUAACCGUCAGAAUCCAAUCAAUGAUUCUUCAGGGACUUUGAUGAUAAACAGAACAGGCCAUGUUGUCCUUCUGGGCCAGAAGAGUACUGUUGUUUGGUCAGCAAGCCCGACCGAAUCUGUCCAAGCUCCAAUAUUACAGCUUUUGGAUACUGGAAAUCUAGUACUAAGAAAUGAGAAAGAUGAAAACUCAGAGAACUAUUUGUGGCAGAGUUUUGAUUAUCCUACUGAUACAUUAUUACCAGGUAUGAAGCUGGGAUGGGACUUGAGAACUGGUCUUGAACGGCGCUUAGUAUCAUGGAAGAGCCCUGAUGACCCUUCUCCUGGAGACUUUGCUUGGGGGAUAACACUUCACAGCUAUCCUGAGUCUGAAACGUGGAAAGGCUCCAAUAAGUACUUUCGGGAUGGACCAUGGAACGGAAUUAGAUUCAGUGGUGCACCGGAGUUACAAUCCAACCCUUUAUUCAACUUCAAAUUAGUUUCCAACAAAAAUGAAGUUUACUACAUUUUUUACCUCAAAAAUGAAACUGCAAAAUCAAGAAUGGUUGUGAACCAAACCAACGGUUAUAUCAGGAUCCGCUAUGCUUGGAAUUCAGGGACACAAAGCUGGGAAGUAUUUGCAUCAGUGCCAAGAGAUACCUGUGAUACAUAUGGUCUCUGUGGUGCCUAUGGAAACUGUAUCAUUGGAGAAUCCCCUGUUUGCCAAUGUUUAACGGGUUUCAAGCCAAAGGGAAACUUCAUUGACUGGUCUCAAGGAUGUGUACGGAAUAAACCUUUUGAUUGCCAGGACAAACAUUCAUCUGGGUUUGUGAAAAUUCGUGGCUUGAAAUUGCCUGAUACUACAUACACUUGGGCUAAUGCAAGUGUGAAUCUCAAGGAAUGCAAAGCCAGAUGCUUGAGCAAUUGUUCUUGUACGGGUUAUACGAAUACCAAUAUCAGUGGAGGCGGUAGUGGCUGUGCCAUGUGGUUUGGGGACUUGAUUGAUAUUAGAGAGUUUCAAGAUGGUGGGCAAGAUCUAUAUGUUCGAAUUCAUGCUUCAGAAUUAGGUGCAAACAGUGAGCGUAAGGUGAAGAUAGUUGUGGUGGUUUUGGCUGUCAUUUUUGUGGUCUGUGGGAUGAUCUUGGUUGCUCAUUAUAUCCGCAAAAUCAGGGCAACGAGAGGCUUAGAGGACAAUAUAGAGACCAUUGCAAGAACAACAAAUCAGAAUAAUGGAGCCCAAACCAACAACCUGGAGGCACUAUUCUUCGACCUGGAUAAGAUUGUUGAGGCCACUAGCAAUUUUUCAAGCAACAAUAAGCUUGGGGAAGGUGGUUUUGGACCUGUUUACAAGGGUACACUAGAAGACGGCCAAGAAAUAGCUGUGAAGAGGUUUUCCAAGAGUUCAGGGCAAGGACAGAACGAAUUCAAAAAUGAAGUUAUUUUAAUUGCGAAACUUCAACACCGAAAUUUAGUAAAGCUACUUGGUUAUUGCCUUCAAGGGGAAGAAAAAAUACUGAUUUAUGAAUACAUGCCCAACAAAAGCCUGGACUUCUUUAUUUUUGAUCAAACAAAAAGUGAAUUGUUAGACUGGUCCAAGCGCUACCAUAUAAUCUGUGGAAUCGCAAGGGGGCUUUUAUAUCUCCAUCAAGAUUCGAGAUUAAGGAUUAUACAUAGAGAUAUCAAAGCUAGUAACAUUUUACUUGAUAAUGAAAUGAAUCCAAAAAUUUCAGACUUUGGAAUGGCUAAAACUUUUGGUGGAGAUGAAAGUGAAGGGAAUACAAAAAGAGUGGUUGGAACAUAUGGCUACAUGGCACCCGAGUAUGCCAUAGAUGGGCUAUUCUCAAUGAAAUCUGAUGUCUUUAGCUUUGGGAUUUUGUUGUUGGAGAUCAUAAGUGGAAAGAAAAAUAGAGGGUUCUAUCAUCUAGACCAUAGUCAAAACCUUAUUGGACAUGCAUGGAGAUUGUGGAAAGAAGGCAGACUUAUGGAACUUAUCAAUCCGUGCUUCAAGGACACAAGCAAUCUUUCUGAGGUGCUGCGCAGCAUUCAUAUUGGUCUCUUGUGUGUGCAAGAGCAUCCUGAAGACAGGCCAAGCAUGUCAUAUGUGGUUGUGAUGUUGGGCAGUGAAAGUACCUUGCCUCAGCCCAAACAACCUGGUUUCUCAUUAGAUAAAACCAAUGUUGCAGCAAAUUCUUCACCAAAAAAGUCUGAAUCCUCUUCAACCAAUGAAAUUACUGUAACUCUUUUAGAGCCUCGGUAGAAGGGCUUGUAA